UAUGUCACAAAGCAGAGAAAUUGAAGCAGCUUGAACACAUUCGGGGUGAUGAAAAUAAAUUGAAUUAUCUCAAAAACCAAAUCCAUGAACUUGAGCUACAAAUCCACAAGAGCUCAGAAGAGAUAGAGACUCUGAACAAAAAACUCAUGGAUUAUGAACCUGAUCUCAACCAGUAUCCUGUACCAUCUCAGCUUUUAAAGAUCGAGAAAAACCUGAGAGCCUCUCUGGAAUUAGUCAAUCAAAGAAAAAUCAAGUUGGUAAAUAAUUCACCAUCGAAUAAGAGAAGACACAAAUUUCAGAAGAAGCAAACGGAGAAGAAAAGAUCGAUUCAUGCUCUUUAUUCUCACAAGUUUGAUGGUAAAAGGGCUUUCGGUCACACAGGGCAAAACCCUACCUCUAGUGAUCAUCAACUUCAAUCUAUGCAAAGUAAUCCUGGGAGUGAUUCUUACAGAUCAAAGUUCCAUGGAAGUCCAAAUGAAGAAUUUCUAGCUCAGUUAAAUGGAAACAGAAUGGUUAGUAAUUACUCAGGCAAUCCAAUUCCUAUAGCAAGCUUCCCUUCAAAUUAUUUUCCAGGAUUUUCUUCCUCAUCAACUCCAGGAUUUCAAAUUCCACAGGCUUUUUCUCCAAUCCAGCUGUCGAAAAUAGGGUAUCGAAACACAUUCGAGAUUCCAAAUCAACGGCUACAAAUGUCUGGAAAUUUUUCUAUGUAUGAUCUGCCAGAAUUUGAAAAUGUUGGGGUGAGUAAUAAUAAUCUGAAAUUUCAGAAUAUAAUUUCACCUUCACCAUGUCAAUUUAUGAAUUGGAAUGUCAACAAUGUCACAGUUCCUUUGAAGUCUGGGAGGAAUUUCUCCGGUAAUGUUACCAAUGUCGCAAAUAAUGCCAGUACCAUCAGCAACAAUUUUCAAGUACCUUAUUUUACCAGCACCCUUUGUACUCCUAACAAUGUUGUUAUCAACGACGUCAUUGAAGAUAACAACAACAACAAUGGCAAUUGUUAUGUGGGUCUUGACCAAUUGGACAAUAUUCCUAAUGAGGCUGAAAAAGGAGAUGGAAUAUUGAGCACAACAGGGAAUUUACAGAAAGACCCCUGCGACUUGGAUGACCUAAAUUGGGAUAUAGAAGUAAAUCUGGAUGACCUUUGACAAUUUACUAAUGUGAUCAUGAAGAAUGAAAAUCCCUUAACAUGCAACUUCUUAAUUUGUUUAGAAUUAAAUUAACAAAAAAGUUCUUCAGCAACUUCUACAAAUAAUUUCACUAUUCAUCUUAUUGUUGUUUAAUUUCGAACCUUCAUUGAUCGCUUGACAGUUCGAUGCAGCCUCAACCUAUUAUUGUGACAUCAUUGUUGCCAUAUCUUGACCUCCAACUUCAUCAUCCUGGGAUGAUAAACUGUA